AUGUUGAAACUAAACGACGAUCACGAUGGGCAAAAAGACGAAAAUAAUAUCGUCACUUUAACAAGCCAUCAGAGAGCAAUUCUGGGACCAAUAAUGACUACUUCUGACCACGACGUAGUGUACCACUAUCAAUCAUCGCUGCGAAUAGGCGAAUUGGAGCGGUAUGUGAUUUCUUAUGAGCUUUAUAUGGGAGAUGAGAUACCAACAGACUUAACUUUGGACUCUUUAUGGCUAAAAAUUAAGAAUAUGGAGAGUAUGACGUUACGUGCUGCAUAUUUAAUGGGCCCUUAUGUUCUAUAUGCAGAUGUUAGGUGCGAGGAUUAUCAUCAUGGACAAAGGUUGUUCAUUUCUGCCGAUCAACCGCAAUUUGAACCAAACAUUCAACCACAGCAAUCUUUUGUCGCAGAGCUCUCCUUGCAUAAUUUGAAGAAGAAGUACGUAUGGAUUGUGGAUGUUGCUAGUCAGAUCUUGUUUACUAAACAGUCGGCUGUUCAUUUCUCCAUAACGGUAGGCGGUAAUAGGGAUUCUAUUAAGGGAGACUUCGCAGGAAAUCCAAAGUUGGGGGUUCAGAGUCCAAGAGUCCAGGUUGAUAGAUUGACUACUACAGACUUGUGGAAUACAUCUCUUCUCGCUGCGAAUCACCGUUUGAAUAAGAAAGAGCAUUUGGUAAUUCUCACACACGGUUUGCAUUCGAACUUAUGUGCGGACUUAUUCUAUCUUAAAGAACAAAUCGAGAAGACACAAAAGCAGCAUGAUGAGGAGCUAGUUGUCUCUGGAUUUACUGAUAACGUCUGUAAGACUGAGAAGGGUGUUAAGUGGCUAGGAACAAGAUUAGCAGAGCAUAUUGUGCAUAAUCUUUAUAAUGAGAGAACUGUCAAGAUAUCAUUCAUUGCACAUUCCUUGGGAGGGUUGGUUCAGUCGUUUGCUAUCGCUUAUAUAUCUUACAACUAUCCGUGGUUCUUUGAAAAAAUUGAACCGGUCAACUUCAUAGUAAUGGCCUCACCCAUGCUUGGAACUGUUAGCGAUAAUGCUGUUUAUAUCCAGAGAUUACUAGCUAUGGGAAUAGUAGGGAAAACAGGACAAGAUUUAAGUUUACAAAAAUAUGCAGGUUUGGAGGAGCCGCUGCUUCUUUUGUUAUCCAAAUCAUCGGCUUUGAAAAGAGUGCUUAAAUAUUUUAGGAAUGUAACAGCAUACGCUAAUGCGUGUAACGAUGGUAUUGUGCCGUUAUAUACGGCAGCUUUGCUAUAUUUGGAUUAUGACGAUAUUCUUGAGAAACUUGACAUUGGAGCAGAAGAAUUGCAGACAGAUUUCUUCCAGCGGAAUAUCGUCUCCCCACUAAAUAAAGCUAUUAAUAUUUUGGUACCUCAACGUGUAUCUCAGAAUGGUGCGAAGAUACCGGUUGCAUCGAUUUUAGAUUCAGCAUAUUCCGUAUUGAUUCCUCCACUUCCUGACAGGACAUAUAUCACCGAUCCUACCUCGCGUAAAGAGGUCAUAGUGCAUGAUAAAGUAUAUUCGGAGGAUAAUAUUCCGCAGGAAAAGACAAAAACGCAGGAGGACAUGAUGAACAGCACUAAUGUUCUUUUAAAGACUUUCAAUAAAGCUUUUGGUGGGCAAUAUAAAAACCUAGAGGAAGAAAUUGCUCGAAACUGGCAUGAUGGUGUCAAAUGGAGAAAAGUGAUUGUUAACCUAAAGCCCGAUGCACAUAAUAACAUCAUAACGAGAAGAAGAUUCCCUAAUGCUUAUGGUUGGCCUGUGAUAGACCACUUGAAAAGAACACAUUUUUCCGGAAGCCCAAGAACCGAAAGAACAUGGAAAUUGGAUCCUAUUGCUGAAGACGAAGAUUUUGAUUGGAUCAUAAAGCCAACAGUGGAUAGUGUGUUUGACGUUGGUCCUACCGGAAUGAUAUGUACCUUUGGGGAGAUGCUUGAGAAUCUAAAGAGCUCGACACUUGAAGGCAUUAGUGACAGAAUGUCAUCGAGUACAUACAGUCAAGAAGAUCUUUUCAAAUAUGAGCAAGAUUUGGAAAGGGAAGGCGGAAUCUUCCCUUGA